AUUUUGGAAGUCUACCGAUCAAUUUCCGUGUCUUCUGACAGUAGUAUAGCUACAGGAAGGCGUAAGGCCACGGUACUCGACCACUGAUUUCAGCAUUUUAAUGUCAACAUGGGGGCUUGUCUGGCCUUGUGUUCCAUAGCCAGCUGUGCGUCGUGUCUGUGUGGCUCGGCUCCAUGCCUUCUGUGUGGCUGCUGUCCCUCCUCCAAUAACUCCACCAUCACACGGCUGGUUUUCUCCUUCUUUUUGCUGCUGGGGACCAUGGUGUCGGUCAUAAUGAUCCUUCCUGGGAUGGAGGCGCAACUCCGCAAAAUCCCAGGAUUUUGCCAGGGAGGAACAACUAUACCUGGUAUCGAAAACCACGUUAACUGUGAUGUCAUUGUGGGCUACAAAUCAGUGUACCGUAUGUGUUUCGCCAUGACCUGCUUCUUCUUUCUGUUCUCCGCCAUCAUGAUUGGUGUCCGUAGCAGCAAAGAUCCACGUGCAUCUAUUCAAAAUGGGUUCUGGUUCUUUAAGUUUCUGAUCUUGAUUGGGAUUACAGUGGGAGCUUUUUUCAUCCCUGACGGAACAUUUCACUCUGUCUGGUUUUACUUCGGAGUUGUGGGAUCCUUCAUCUUCAUUCUAAUCCAGCUUAUUCUUCUCAUUGACUUUGCCCACUCCUGGAACAAGGUGUGGGUCGAAAAUGCUGAAAGUAGUGACAACAAAUGCUGGUUUGCAGGCUUGCUGUCUUUUACCUUCCUCCACUAUGCACUGGCUAUCACUGCUGUGGUGCUUUUCUACGUUUACUACACACAGCCUGAUGACUGUACAGAGCACAAGGUCUUCAUCAGCCUCAACCUUAUCUUCUGCGUCAUCAUCUCUGUUGUCUCCAUCCUACCCAAGAUACAGGAAGCCCAGCCACACUCUGGUUUGCUUCAGGCUUCUCUCAUCUCACUCUACACCAUGUAUGUCACUUGGUCUGCAAUGACCAACAAUCCAAAUCGAAAGUGUAACCCCAGCCUGCUGAGUCUGGUGGCGAACGUCAGCACCUCUCACCCGUCUGGUGACAGCGCCCCAGGAACGGUGCAGUGGUGGGAUGCUCAGGGCAUUGUCGGUUUAAUCAUUUUCCUCUUCUGCACUCUCUAUGCCAGUAUCCGUUCGUCCAGUAACACCCAGGUGAACAAGCUGAUGCAGACGGAGGAGGGCAGGGGGUCAGUUGGAGAGGGUGUGGUGGGAGAGGACGGCAUACGCAGGGCUGUGGACAAUGAGGAGGAAGGAGUCACUUAUAGCUACUCCUUCUUCCACUUCCACCUCUGUCUUGCUUCUCUGUACAUCAUGAUGACUCUCACUAACUGGUACCAACCAGACACAACCACCCAGACCAUGCAGAGCAGCAUGCCUGCUGUGUGGGUGAAGAUGAGCUCCAGCUGGCUGGGCCUCGGGCUCUACCUCUGGACCCUCAUCGCCCCCCUCAUCUUCCCUGACAGGGAUUUCAGCUGAGCACACUCUUUUAUUUUAGCUGGGCUGUUCAGCUUUCCUGCCUAGUCACUUGGAAAGUAUGAAGGAUGCUAUAAAGGAAAGAGGAGGGAUAUUAUGAAGUGAAUACUUAAAUUCUGUUUAUUUCUUAUCCACUCUAUUGCCUCUGCUAUUAUUGUGUUUCUGUUGUUUUCAGUUCUCUCACUCUAAUUAUUUAGUGUGAUAAUCACCACAGACAUUUGAAAGUUUAGGUUUUACACUUUGCCUGAUUGAUGAUGGUUUUACUUCCUAGAAGGGUUUUUUUGUUGUUGUUUUUCUUUUCUUUUUUUUUCCUUUUUUUUUUUGGUCAAUGAAGCAUUUUUGAUAAGCAACUCCUUACUUUCUGGCUGUUGUGGUUGUGAUAUGAUUGUAUAAGCUCUGUUAUCUUUUUGCUGAACUUUAUUUACUGGACUAAAACCUCUGCAACAAGGCACUUUGUCAGUACCUCAGACAUUUCAGUUACAGAUUCUCCUUUAAAGGCCUGUGACGUCAGAGUUCUCUGAUUGGUCAGGUCUGGGAUCUCCCUGAUUAGCUGGACUGUUUUGGUGCCGGGGGCAAGGAGGACAUCCCUCCUUAGGAGCCCCAGAGUGAGGUGAGUGUGAGAGUUAGAUAAGACUAAUAUGACACACCCUACAGAUCAUAACAGGGCUUCCCUUAUGCUGCUAGGCAGUAUGCAAAUCCACAGCAUUACACCUUGAGCUAGAGAGUCCUCAUAGAUCACCAGUCCGAUCUCUGCUCUUCCUGGUCUGCUGUAACCUAUGGUAAUUUUCUUUUCCGGUGCUAUGCCUCUCCAUGUCUAACUGUGUUUGGCGUUGUACAGCCACGGCCAACAAUCUACCUGUAUAUCAGCCUGUUUGGAGCUGGCAGACGUGUAUUUAACCAUAGCAGAAGGCAUCUCACUACAUGCAGCAGUAUGAUUCAGGAGGUGAUAGCGUAAACUCCACACUGCCUGUGCACUCACAAAUGCCAUUAUUUCAAGGAUGUUGAAGAAAGGGAUUUUUAAUUGUCGCAGUGUACAACACAAAUGAUGCAUUUCUGCAAAUUGCUGUUAAAUGGUAUUGACCUUCAUUGUAUGUAGAUGGUUGUGAUGGUGGUACAGUAAUUUUAUGCAUUGCUCAAGUUCAUCAUGAAUGGAAUGAGAAUAUUUUGAACCUGUGAAAAAAAUGUUUUUGGUACAAUCCUGAGAAUGUUAUUCUUUGUCUGUGUUAUGUUCUUAUCAAACAUUUCACACGUAUCAAUCAGAUUUCCUCUUUCUCUGGUUGCGUAUGAGUAUUGUGAGUGGAGGUUUUCAGUGUUGUGACAAAUUUCAACUUUUUUUUGUAUUCAUUUUAUUUGUCACAUGCAUUGUAAAUGUUAACCAUUAUGGCCCUACUGAGGAGAUUUAUGCAGAAUUGCCAUUAUUAGAUCAUAACAUUUAAUGUUUCAUAACACAAUUAAGUGCCUUUUUCUGGUCCUGCGUUUCAAAAGGAAUUUAUCAAUAAUGCUGGUGUGUGCUUUUAAUCCCUUGCCUUACAUUGUGCUCAUUGCAUGCCAUAAGGUAUAGGCCUAUGACAGGAAAUAACAUUGUAUUUAAUGUAUACCAGAAAUACUGUUUUUAAUAAAGAUGGAAAUCUGUCAUUCUC